AUGCCUGUCCCUCCCGAACUACCGACUCCGCCAAACCCUCAGCGGUAUGCUGCGUCGAUAUCGACACCCACUUAUCUUGAUGAACCUCCAUAUCGAAGCGACACCGAUACGAAUACCGGCAAUACAACUAAUGAGAAUCUGUCCGUAUUCACGCAUCACUUUGCCGAAACGGAACAAUUACAGAGUGCGAUAGAAAUUGAUGAAAGUGAUAUAGAUGAAGAGGAUCUUGCCGAGAUGUUUAAGGUGUUUAAGGAUGUAUUGAUUACUCUGGUUUUACCUCAAGUAGCUAAAUAUUUUGGAAGGAGAUUUUCGUUCUGGGCAUGGACACGGUUCAUAGAAUGGUAUUAUCAGCCAAGUCUAGUGAGCGAGAGCGGAACAGAACGGUCAGCACGAGAACAGCGGUCAAAUCAAACACGGACAGACAAAUAG